ACUUAUCGGAAUUGUGAAUGUGACAGACAUGGAAGUGAUAAAAUGUUAUAUAAGAUUGGUACUUCCAAAUUCAUUUCCAUGACAUAUAUGUUGAUGGACAUCAUCCCUGUUGUUGGAAGACUUAACCUUUUCUUUCAAAAGGAAAAUGUUGAUGUUGCACUGGUGAAAGUGAAUCUUGACCACUGUCUUCACCAACUGCAUAGUCUCAAAACUGUUCCUGGGCCUUAUGAACAUCAGCUUGACACAGACCUUGAUAUUGUGGCCAAGCAGUUCAAACAGCAUGAGAUAUCCCUUUCACCACACCAUGAUGUCCAGUCUGUAAAGGUGAAGUUUCUCAACAACCUCAUUGGGAAUAUUACUGAGAGAUUCCCUGAUACAGAUCUUCUGACAGCAUUUGGAGUACUAUCCAUGAGACCUGUGGGUUUGCUAAGUGGUAAAGAUCUGCAUGACUGGGGAGAUGAGGCCAUAAAUGUGUUGAUAAGACAUUUUGGAGAAGAGAAAGAGCACACUUGGGUGGAUGAGGACAAGAAAACCAACACUUCUAAGUCUGAUCUGAGGAGUGCCCAAAUUUGAUUAAACUAGCCCAUCUAGCUUUAGUAUGUCCUGUUCAUACUGCAGGGUGUGAAAGGGGGUUCAGUGUGCAGAACAAUGUCCUUACCUCCCUGAGGAAUCGCCUUCUUCCGGAAACUCAAGACAAGCUUUUGCGAGUGUGCAUUGAGGGAUCUGAUGAUAUCCGCAAAUUUGAUUUUGUGUCAGCGCUGAGUGCGUGGAAAUCCAACAAAAAAGAUCAAUUUUAACAUAGAUUUAUGUACAUGUAUAAUGACCAUGAUAGUUUUUUUUAUAAAAACCAAGUCUGCUUGAAGAAUUUCUUGUUUUUAAUGGAAUAAACAUGACAACUGUCAAACAGUCACUACAGUC